AUGCGGGAGUACUGGCCGAAUGCACGCACGUUGAGUGGAGAGGCGACUGGGGCCGAGCACGGAGGACUGAGGCUCAGAAGAUUCCAGGUUCGACUCCUGGCUGGCUCGGGCUCUUUUACGGACUUCCUGCGACAAGGAGCCCGUCGCGGUGUUCUUUCGUUUUAUAUCCCCGGACUCUCUGGAGCCCAGGCUGCCUCAGCACCCACUACGCUCCAACUCGUAGCCAUCAUCCUGCCUCCGCCUCCGCCACGACUACUCAUUCAUCGUAGACGCAACAGGUUGAAGCCGCCUCGGAGCCAGCUGGAGGCGGCAGCUCUGGACGGCCCGAGCCCCUACCCCGGCCUCCUGGAGAGGUUGCGCGGCUCCUCUCAGGGGCCGGAAACGCACCCCGAUACUUCCGGUCCCGCCGCCGGGCUCCGCGGCCCACGGUCAUCCCCAGCGCCCCGGCCUCAGGUAUCUGUCUCCUUUAUAAGAAGUUGCAGGAGAGGUGAGAGGGAGGCCCCGGCCGCGCCAAGCCCGCCGCCACGCCCAAGAGAAAAGCCAGAGGCGACGCCAAGGUCGGGAAGGCAGAGCGGGAGCCGCAGCGGAGGUCGGCGCGGCUGUCCGCCCCGCCCGUCGCUCAGAAGCCAGAGCCCAGGCCCGCGAAGGGCCCAGCGCAGAAAGGGGAGAAGCUGGGGGGAGGGAGGAGGGGGAAGGCUGCGGGCCAGUAUCCCCGCCCGCGGGACUUUCAACGUGGGUACCUGGAAUGAGGAGCGGGCAUGAAAGGGGCAAGAGACACAAAGAAUGGAGACAAGACAGGCUUUCUGAUCAAAUCUCAUUUAUUGAUGGAGAAGGAACAGUUUUUAUAGAGAGGGAAAGGGGAAAGUUGGCAGGGAUAAAUCUAUUGAGGCAGGAGUAAUUCUAUUGACAGAGCAAUUAUCAUAAUUACACUACACCAAUUGAUCACAGAGUAAAUUCCAUAGUAACACCACAAUUCUAUAGUAAGGCCAUAAAUCAAUUAUAAGGUCACACCUGCAUGAUUACGAG